GGAGCCCGGGCGCCCGAGGUUCACAUCGCAACUCCAGGAGGUGCCUGAGCCAGCGGGCCGGCGAGGAGUAGCGGCCAGUGAGACCCCGCGGGCCAAGACCAUGGGCUGCUUCUUCUCCAAGAGGCGGAAGGCUGAGAAGGAGUCGCAGCCGGAGGACGAGGAAGUGCAGCCGAAGCAGUACAGCUGGGACCAGCGCGAGAAGGUUGAUCUGAAAGACUACAUGUUCAGUGGACUGAAGGAUGUAACAGUAGGUCGCUUACCUGGGAAAGUGGCAGGACAACAAUUUCUCAUUCAAGACUGUGAGAACUGUAACAUCUAUAUUUUUGAUCACUCUGCUACCGUUACUAUUGAUGACUGUACUAACUGUGUCAUUUUUCUGGGACCCGUGAAAGGCAGCGUGUUUUUCCGGAAUUGCAGAGAUUGUAAGUGCGCAUUAGCCUGCCAACAGUUUCGUGUGCGGGACUGUAGGAAGCUGGAAGUCUUCUUGUGCUGCGCCACUCAGCCCAUUAUUGAGUCUUCCACGAAUAUCAAGUUUAGCUGUUUUCAAUGGUACUACCCUGAAUUAGCUUUCCAGUUCAAAGAUGCAGGGCUCAGUAUCUUCAAUAAUACCUGGAGUAGCAUUCACGACUUUACACCUGUGUCAGGAGAACGCAACUGGAGCCUUCUUCCGGAAGAUGCUGUCGUUCAGGACCAUGUUCCUCUACCUACUAGCGAAGAGCUCAAAGCUGUCCGCGUUUCCACAGAAGCCAGUAGAAGCAUCGUUCCAGUGUCCCGGGGUCAGAGACAGAAGAGCAGUGAUGAGUCAUGCUUAGUGGUAUUAUUUGCUGGUGAUUAUACUAUAGCAAAUGCCAGAAAAUUAAUUGAUGAGAUGGUUGCUAAAGGCUUUUUCCUAGUUCAGACAAAGGAGGUGUCAAUGAAAGCCGAAGAUGCUCAAAGGGUUUUUCGUGAAAAAGCACCUGACUUCCUUCCUCUUUUGAACAAAGGUCCUGUUAUUGCCUUGGAGUUCAAUGGAGAUGGCGCUGUAGAAGGAUGUCAACUUAUUGUCAACGAGACAUUCAGGGGGACCAAGAUAUUUGUAUCAGAAAGCAAGGAGACGGCACCUGGAGAUGUAGACAGCUUCUACAAUUUUGCUGAUAUACAGAUGGGAAUAUGAAGUGCAAUGCGGAACCAAGGACUUUGUAUUAAGCCCUUUUCAAUUUGUGUGUUAGCAAUGGCUUUUUUUUUUUAAAACUGAUGCUUAAAUUGUUAAAGUCAUUUUUAAAAUAAAUCGUUGAAUACUGCAUCAUUUAUGUGAGGUUUGAAAAGAGUUCGUUUUAAAUUAAGUAGUUUUAAUCAGCUUAAAAACCAUUUAACCCAGUUUGAUGAGCUUGUAGGUUUUCUCUGCAUAUGAUACUGUUAUUAGAAAACAGAAGUGACUAGCAGUUCAUUGUUUUAAUCCUAAUUAAAUGUUCUUUCAAAUCUCUAAUUUACACUUUACUCAGUACUCUAUAAUACUUAUUUGAGAAUAUUUUCCAUUUUCUUUUUUAAUUUAGAAGGAUUCCUUACUAGCUGAUCAGUUAAAAUGAACCUGUGUACGUUUUUCAUGUAUACAUAUCCAGUUAAAUAUUUGCUUCCUAGUUCCAUAAUAUGGAAAAAGAGAUUUUAUAUACAGAGUUGACUUAAUACUUUGUAAAUUAAAUUUUUUAAUUAAUGAGGUACUUGAUAACCAGUUUUGCAAGUAACUCAUGUUGGCAUAACUGUUUAAAGACUAGAUGACUCUCCUGCUUCCUGGUAGGAAAAGGUAUAUGGAAUACUUAAACUAUAGAGCCCAAUCACCAGCAGUUCACAAAGGUGAGUACUGUUUUAUCAACUCUUAUGAGCUAUUAGAAUUAAAACAAAACCUUGCAGCAUUUUUAGGUAAGAAAUACUUAAACAUCUUGAUAAGCUAUGCAGAUAGUUAAGAAGCUAGAUAAAUUCCUAUCAAUCAAUGUUCAAGUCUGAUAAAAAUUAUUUUGGUUGCUUUAAAGCAUUAUUUUCCAAAUCAACUUGAACAUAAUAAUUUACCAGGGGACAGGAGGGAGCUACUUGUUUAAAAAUCCACAUUCUUGGACCAAUUGGGUGCAUUGAUUCAGUGCCCACGGAAAACUAAUUUAAGAGGGUUGUUGUAACGGAAAGUAAUCAGAAGAUUUUGAUAGGCUGAUCUUGUGAGAAGGGACUGAACCUGCCAUCUACAUCACGUGCUGUGUGCUUAGUCACUUGGUCGUGUCCGACUCUUGCAACCCCAUAGACUAUAUAGCCUGCCAGGUUCCUCCAUCCGUUGGAUUUCCCAAGCAGGGAUACUGGAGUGGGUUGCCAUUUUCUUCUCCAUACAGAGUAGCUAAUUGGAAAUUAGCUUUCAUAGGUCUAUUUUUAAAUUUAAUUCUAUUUUGAUAAAACUAAGACUGAAAAAAAUCACUUGUAAAAAUUCCUCUUACUGUUGUUACUAACAAUUUAUUUUCAUGUUUAAACUCUUUGCAGAUAUUUUCAGAUUCGUUUACAACUACUGUAUUGUAUGUCCAAUGUUCAGAAAUAAUACAUUAAAAGACUUUUCACUUUAAACUAAUAAGUAAUGUUGACCACCUACCCUGUGCCUCACCUUAUAUUAGCAUCAUAUCAUUUCAGUCUUUUUAUAAGAGCAUUCUAUACUACAUAACCUCUCAUUAAAAUCAAAGUGAUUUUAUAAGAUGCAAAUAAAAAUCAGUGAUGGGUUUAAUAUAAUUUUGAUCAUAAUUUACAAAUGAGCUUUGCCAAAUAGUGGUCAGAGGGCAUUAAUUUUUCUCAUAGGUAAGCUAAAUUAAGCAUAUUCUUUCUGAUCUUAAUUAUAUUAUUAAAUCUAAUUAUUCACAGUUUUAAAAAUCAUAAUACUUUUUGUCUUCUAAAAAUAUAGUACAAUGUUAUGCAAUGCUGUAGACUGAGUUCUUUAUCUAUGGUAUUUUAGCAAAAACUCAGGAAUAUUACAUAUAAGGGAGAUGUUAAUUUAAAAAUUUCCACUAAAUUUAGUGUCUAUUAACCAAAGCCUAAAAUUUUAUACUCUUCAGUUAGGUAAGAGCUUUUACCCAAAUUUAAUUUGUCUUUUAGGACAGUUCUUGCUUCUGAAUGUUUGAAAAGAUUUUUAAAAAUAAGUAGUGCUAUGGUUGUUGUUUCUAUCACUUUAAACCUUGAUUAUAAUUAGUAUUAUACAUUUUAUUUCUGAAUAGCUUUUGAAGUCAUGCAAAUGUAUUAGCAUUGAAAACUUAGUAAUUUUAUUAAGUUAUAGAUGUUUAGACAUUAUAUUAGCUUAUUUCUCUUGUGUCAAUAGUACUGCUUUUUACUUCUAUAUAUUUAUGUCUAGCUUUUGUAUGUAAUUUAUCUAGUGUUUAUAAAAUGUGAUUUGUAAUAAAUAUUGUCAAAAUGAAAA